AUGAAGCGUAGCCAAAAUAUUUUAAAUUUCGCGUUAUCAUUAAGUGGAAUUCCAACUGAUCAAGAGGUAGCUUCGACUUCGUCCAAGGCAAAUGAUCAUGCUACGCAGAAAGUUAUUCCACCACAAGAUAAUAGCUAUUUUAUCGAACGCGGUGAAGACUUACUUUCAUUCAAAAAUAGUAUGCGGGAAAAUGCGCUUGUAAAUUAUUACCCAGAUUCCUUCACCUCAUCUAGUAGAAAAGAACCAUUUUCUCCUGACUUUUCGGAAUAUAUCCCUUCCGACCAGGAUGUUUCAAAAAAUAGUUCUCAACAUUCUUCAGAAUAUAAUAUUCCUUUACAAGAGAUACCAACAGCUACAAACAUAUCUGAAAAUAUUACCACUCCCGAAGGGACAGCAAGAAAAGUGAAAAGGAAUGUUCCGAAAAAAACUAGUCCGGGUAGAAAUCGAGGUCAUAAUCGAAAAAACUGGAAACGCAACUUAAGUAAGCGAAAGAAAAAUUCGGGCGAAGAAUAUGUAAACAGAAGCGGAAUCUUAGUCCCAAAGAAAGUUAUGAGGAGUGGUUGUAAUAAUGCCUGUACUAGGAAGUGCAAAGAAAGAUUAAUGGAAACGACAAGACAUGCAAUUUUCAAAGAUUUUUGGGGUUUGGGCGACCACACAAGAGAAGCUGAUUUUGUUUGUAGAUUUGUAGAUAGAGUUCCACGAAAACAAAUAACAGCAUCAGUUACUGGACACUCACGGCGCCACUGGUCCUUUCAAUAUUAUUUAUAUGAAGAUGGCGAUAGAAAAAGGGUCUGCAAAAAAAUGUUUCUUGAUACUCUGUGUAUUAGUGAUAUGUGGCUACAAACUAUAUACAAAAAAAUGGACAAAGAAGGCACUGGGCUUAUAGCAGGAAACUUGAGGGGGCGACAUAAUAAUCGGAAAAAUUUGAUACCGAAUGAAGUUAAAGAAUCUGUUAGAGAUCAUAUUUCAUUAAUUCCUAUAGUGGAUUCACAUUAUGUAAGAAAAAGAACUUCCAAACUGUACUUUGAAGAAACUUUUACAUACCCUGCAUUGUACAGGCUUUACGUUGAUUGGAUGAAAGAAAAUCGUCCGUUGAAACAAGUGGCAAAUUCUAGGCAAUAUAAGGACAUUUUUUAUAACGAAUAUAAUAUUGAAUUCCAUAAGCCUAAGAAAGACCUUUGUAUUCUUUGUGAUAGAUAUAAGAGAGGAUCUGAAAAAGAAAAAGAUGACAUGAAGCUAGAGUACACCUUGCAUAUUGCGAAUAAAACAGUGGUAAGAGAGGUGAAAGAGACUUGUAAGUAUCAGUCGAAACAAUCUAACGUUAUAGUUACAGCCGCUUAUGACUUACAGAAAGUAUUGAAUACAUCUCAAUCAGAAGUUUCGCUCUUUUACUACAAGAGGAAAUUUGCCGUAUACAAUUUUACUAUAUAUGAUAUAGGAAAGGCCAAAGGAUAUUCAUAUGUCUGGAAUGAGACAAUAGGCAAGAAAGGAUCCUCAGAAAUUAGUAGCGCUGUGUUUCUUUUUAUUAAACAGAAAUAUGAAGAAGGGUUUCGUAUAUUUAGUUUUUUUUCUGAUUGCUGUAGCGGACAAAACCGCAAUCGAAUAAUAAUAGCUAUGUAUUCCCAUGCAUGUAAAAUAUUUGGCAUAACGAUUACACAUAACUAUUUUGAAGUAGGACAUUCACAAUCUGAAGGAGAUGCUAUGCACGCGUUAAUAGAGCGUCGGAAGAAAAAUCAGAUUAUUUUUGUACCAGAGCAAUGGAUCACUCUGAUCAGAUGUGCUAAAACUACGGGAACCCCUUAUGAUGUUACUGAAUUAGAUCAAAAUCUAAUUCUUGAUUAUAAAAGCCUUCUAAAGAAAAAACUAAACUGGGGCUGGAAUAGUACUGGAGAAAAGAUGUCUUGGACUAAAAUAAAACAUAUUAAAAUAGAAAACGAAAACCCUGACUUAAUAUACUUUCAAUAUGAUUAUCUCAGUGAUCAGUACUUAUCUAUCAACCUUGCUGUGAAACCUACUACACGCAUUACACGAACAAAAAGAGCACAAGAGUCAAUUCAGUGUGAACAGUCAAACGACGGAGAAAGUAUUCCUUUAUUGUAUAAUAAAGUGCUCCCAAUAUCAACAGCAAAGUAUAAGGACCUUGUAAGUUUGUGUAAAUGUAAAGCGAUACCAGAUAUUUAUCACAAUUUCUAUUUUAAUCUUCCACAUUCCACUCAACUAGCUGAAGACAACGGUAGUGAUGAUGAAAAUUAA